AUGCUAGCUCCCUCGGCUCCUCCGCGCGCGUUCCUGCACGAGUCGCGCCCGUCGCUGCACGCGAGCCGUCCUCAGCAGCACAUUUCGUCAUGUGUUGCGGUCGCCGCGGCCGCUGGCGGCGUGGCCUGCGGGCGCCGAAGCCUGAAGGCGUCGUUGGGCAAGGCGGCCGCUGCGUCUCGCGGCGGCCACGCGGAGCGGAAGCUCCGAGCCACGGGUGCGUGCCAGGUGGCCUCGGCACGCGAAGGCGAAGGGCAGCCGCCCGACGAGCUGCGGCGUCUGCGGCGGCGCUGGCCCGCCUACGAGCGCGCGGAUGCCGUGCUCGUUCCGGCAGGCCCCCAGAGCGCGCGGGCAGCGCCAGCAGAGGAGGAGAUGGUGUUCUGCACAGUGCGGGGCUUCCUGCAGGAGCACCUGGUGGGUGGUGCAUCAUCGGGACCAGGAAGACACACUUGGCUUUCUGCCUGCGUGCGCUGA